UUUUGCUGUUAGUAUUCCCUCCUCCUUUCCUUGCUCUGUCCAUAUAUAUUCCGUCUCAGAACCUGUCGCUUUCUUUUUCCCGCUUUCUCUCUCUCUCUCUCUUCAUCUGUAAAAAUUUUGGAGAAAUUUUAUUUUGAAGAAGAAGAUUUUGUAGAUAUUCGCGUUGAAAGGAGAGCAAAGAAUUCGCGAUACAAGAGGUCGUGGAGAUUUUGAGAAUGUCUUAGAUGAAGAAUUUGGUUAUUGUGCCUGGUCAACAGCUUCUAAUGUAACGCAGCAUGAUUUUCUUUGUUCACUUUUAUAUUAUGUCGUUCUGAUUGGUGAUUGAUAUUGGGAUUCGGAGAUAUUAGUGAAUCUGUCAAAGCAGGCUCUUUUCUGAUGAGGUCAGGAAUGGAGUCAGAACCUGAACCAGCGUCCAUUCAUUCAAUAACUUUGUUUGUGGCACUUCUUUGUGCUUGCAUUGUGAUUGGCCAUCUUCUUGAAAAGAAUCGAUGGAUAAAUGAGUCAAUUACUGCACUUGCUAUCGGCCUUGGAACUGGUAUCAUUCUGCUACUAACCACUGAAGGAAAGAGCUCACACAUUCUAGUAUUUGAUGAGGAACUUUUCUUUAUAUAUCUUCUUCCACCUAUAAUAUUCAAUGCUGGGUUCCAGGUAAAAAAGAAGCAGUUCUUUCGAAAUUUUAUGACAAUAACUUUGUUUGGUGCUGUUGGUACCCUUAUAUCGUUCACCAUCAUAUCAAUAGGUUCACUGCAGUUAUUCCAAAAACUGAAUGUUGGUUUUCUGGACAUGAGGGAUUAUCUUGCCCUUGGAGCAAUCUUUUCAGCCACAGAUUCUGUUUGCACUUUGCAGGUUAUUAAUCAGGAUGAGACACCUUUCCUUUACAGUUUGGUCUUUGGGGAAGGUGUUGUAAAUGAUGCUACGUCGGUGGUGCUUUUCAACGCAAUCCAGCGAUUUGACCUGACUCACAUCACCUCGAGCAAUUUAAUAGAGUUGAUUGGAAAUUUCUUAUAUUUAUUUACUACAAGUACUUUGCUGGGGGUAAUGGUUGGAUUGAUAAGUGCUUACAUCAUAAAGAAGUUAUACUUUGGCAGGCACUCCACUGAUCGUGAAGUUGCUCUUAUGAUGCUCAUGGCUUACUUUUCAUAUAUGAUAGCUGAACUGUUCAAAUUGAGUGGCAUUCUUACUGUGUUCUUCUGUGGGAUUGUCAUGUCGCACUAUACAUGGCAUAAUGUGACAGAAAGUUCCAGAAUCACCACCAAGCAUGCUUUUGCAACAUUAUCUUUUAUAUCAGAGAUUUUCAUCUUCAUGUAUGUUGGAAUGGAUGCCUUGGACAUUGAGAAGUGGGGAUUUGUGAGCAAGAGUCCUGGGACAUCAGUUGGUGUGAGUUCAAUAUUGCUCGGCUUGGUUAUGGUUGGAAGAGCAGCUUCUGUUUUCUCAUUGUCCUUUUUAUCGAACUUGGCCAAGAAAUCUCAGCGUGACAAAAUAAAGUUCAAGGAACAGGUUACAAUAUGGUGGGCGGGCCUCAUGCGCGGUGCUGUCUCUGUGGCGCUUGCGUAUAAUCAUUUUACAAGGUCAGGGCAUACUCAGUUGACUGGAAAUGCCAUUAUGAUCACUAGCACCAUCACAGUUGUUCUUUUUAGUACGGUGGUUUUUGGUUUGCUGACAAAGCCUCUUGUAAAGUUCUUGUUGGCACCUCACAGAGCAUCGAGCAGCAUAUCUUCAGAAUUGUCCAGUCCAAAGUCGAUUUCUCUUCCACUUCUCGCCAACGGACAGGGCUUAGGAUCUGACACUGCACACAAUAGCAUUACACGUCCAACCAGUCUCCGCAUGCUCCUCACCACCCCAACAACCACAGUUCACUAUUACUGGAGAAAAUUCGACGACGCCUACAUGCGGCCAAUAUUUGGCGGCAGAGGAUUCACACGGCCGGAACCCAACUCGCUGACGGGAAAUUUUCUUCACUGAUGAUGAUGAUGAAAAUGCUACGGAAGUAUAUAAUGAAACUUGAAUCUUUAGAGGAUCUCUGUCUGUAAAUAUUUUGGAGAAAUAGGAAAACAAAACGAGAGAUACAGGAAGAUAUAUAUAUAUAUAUAUACAUAUAUAUACACGCACAGAGUCUAUAUUUAAUAGGUCUAUGUAGAGGAAUUAACUUUUUUGCGUCUAUACUUGGGCAGAGGUGAAAUGCACAUUCCCUCACUUUUAGGCACUACUGUGAUUUUGUUUGUAAAGCGGAA